CGAGGCUUCGAGGCAGUCGAUUGGAGGCUAGCGCGCUCGCAUCUCGCUGUUACGCGCGUGUGCGCAUUUGUGUUUGCGCGAUUUUUGUGUUUACAAUAGUCUAGCAACAUGAAGUUACAUUUUAAAUUUUUCGAUGCAAUCCCAGCACGGUUCAUCGUGGCUCUCAUGUUAUUUUUUGCCUGUUGGAUCAACUACAUGCUUCGUGUUAAUAUGAGCGUUAACAUCAUUGCCAUGGUACCUGAAGACAAGACAACAAAAACGGUAGAAAGCGAAUGCAAGGCCGUAGCAAAUGACGUUUCAUUACAUAAUGAUACAGAUAUCACAAAGCAGUUGCGUCAGCCGGACGGCGUUGUCAUUUUCUCAUGGACGAACCAAGAACAAGCGUACGUCCUGUCUGGCUACUUCUGGGGUUAUGCAAUCACAAGUCUAAUCAGUGGAACAGCAGCUGAGUUAUGGGGCCCGAGAAGAGUGGUCUUUGUGACGAUGUUCAUCAGCGCAGUUUUAACGAUCAUCAGCCCACAAGCAGCGAGACUUCAUUAUAUGGUCCUUGUAGCUGUUCGAUUUUUUAUUGGAUUAGCGGCGGGCUUCCUGUUUCCUGCACUACACGCUCUAGUGGCACGUUGGGCGCCGCCCACCGAAAAAGGACGAUUCGUGAGCGCUCUUUUGGGCGGCGCGAUUGGUACUGUGGUCACGUGGUCUCUCACUGGACCUCUUAUUGAGACAUUUGGCUGGGAUUUUGCAUUUUAUGUACCAGGAAUUAUAGCAGCAUUAUGGUGCGUGGCCUGGUGGUUUCUUGUUUAUGACUCGCCCGUAUUACAUCCUAGAAUAUCUGAAGCCGAAAAGGCAUACAUUUUAGAAGAGAUUGGAGAUAAAGUUCAUAGUGACAGUACUACGAAGAUUGUGCCGCCCUUCAAGAAAAUAUUUACUUCUCUGCCAUUUUUGGCCAUGAUCGUCCUGCAUUACGGUAACAAUUGGGGAAUAUAUUUCGUGAUGACCGCAGCACCUAAAUACGUCUCAAGUGCACUUGGCUUCAAUCUGACGUCCACUGGUACUAUUUCUUCAUUGCCAUCUUUGGCACGGAUGAUCUUCUCACUCAUAUUUGGAGCCAUUGGUGACAGAAUCGUAAAACGCAACAUGGUAUCUACCACGUUCAUGAGGAAGUUCUUCAGUCUCUUCUCUCACGUAUUGCCAGGGCUGCUUCUAAUCGGACUUGGUUACACUGGAUGCGCGCCAAUCCUCUCAAUAGCGCUCAUUACUUUCUCUAUGGGUUCGAACGGUGCGGCAACACUGACGAAUCUUGUCAACCAUCAAGAUUUGGCGCCAAACUUCGCUGCUACAUUGUACGGAAUUGCUAACGGAAUCGGAAAUACUGCAGGAUUUGUUACACCACUAGUCACCGCGUAUUUCACCAAAAAUGGAAAUGGUUUUGCGGAAUGGAGACCAGUGUUCUUCACCGGUGCCUCUCUCUAUAUCAUAGCUGCGAUAUACUUUAUUCUCUUUGGAACGGGUGAGACCCAAAAAUGGAAUUAUAUUGAGCCAGAAGAGGACAAAAGACCAAGCGCUAGCUCAAACGAUACUACAAUUACAGUCCAAGUAAAAAAUUAGCCUAAAAGACAAUAUUAAAAAGCUGAAAAUUCUUGCUGCAAGAAAAUUUAUUAUAUUACAAUGUGAUCCCAGAUUUAACUUUAAAAUUGUAAUAUAGGGUUAAAAGCCAUGACAAGAAGGGAAAAUAACGAAUUUAACAUAUUUCAUUAAAUAUGUUUGAGAUUUUUAACUUGUAAAUUUUAGCCGAUAUUUCAUAUUACAUUAUUUAUGUACGUAUUUUUUUAAUAUAAGGUUUAAUGCAAUCGAGCGAAGUUGAGGUUCGUUAAUAAUUUGUAUAAAGGAAAAAGAAAUGUUAAAUAUAAUUUUGCCGUUAUUUAGUAUUGCUUUCCUAAAUAUAUUAUUAUAAACUUGCCAUGUAAUGUAUAAAAAAACUCGUAACGAAUUUCUAAACAGAACUUUCGAUUUGAUGAUAAUGGUCCUUGUUUAGAAGUCUGUAAUUAAAUAUUUGUAAAUGUAUACAGAAUACAAUUUCCUAUUUAAUUUGGAUGAUACAUUUGUUCAUCCACUUUUCAAAGGCUGCGACCUUUUAGUAUUCGCGAAUGUAGAUGUUUGCACAACACAUUGCCUAAGAUUUUGGCUAUAAAAAUUCUAUUAGUUAUGUAAUAAAAACCUGCGAUUUUUUAAAAGUAUUAUGUUUAACUCCAGCACCAACAUCGCAAGUUCAGACGAAACAUAAGUCAAUAUUAAUUUUAGCAAUAUGGUCUUCGAUGCGACGUCUACGUACUGAUCUAAAAGAAAUUAAGCUGAAACUCAACGAACAUGGUGUAUUACCUGUUAAUGAGUUAUUAUAAGUAAUUAAAAUGAUGAAAUAGUAUGAUUAAUUUAUAGGAAAUUACAUAUUUUAUAUUGACUGUGAUCUAUAAACUUUUAUUGUUUUUAAGUAUUCAUCGGAAUAAAUUAUUUUCAA